UUUCUCCUUUUGUCUUCUCAUCUUUAUCAUCUUUUGUUGACCAUUACAAUUAGUUAAUUUCAUUUAAUUUUCUGUUUCUUAAUUAUCCUCUUAUAGUUGACAAUAUCUUAAUUUUCUUUGAUUGGUGACUGUGUUUAUUUUCUGUACUUUAAUUGGUUCUUGGAUCUUGUUGGGUUUUGUCUCUGUGUUUUUUUUUCUCUUCCUCUCUCUCUCUUUUUGUCUCUGUUUUUUUUUCUAUUUCUAUUUUCUUAUAAUUACUAAACCUAAAAAUGUCACACCGAAGUAAUAAUGAAUGUCGCAUUUAUGUUGGUAAUCUUCCGCCUGAUAUAAGAACUAAAGAUAUUGAAGAUCUUUUUUACAAAUAUGGUAAAAUCACUUUUAUUGACUUGAAGAAUCGUCGUGGGCCUCCAUUUGCUUUUGUUGAAUUUGAAGAUUCAAGGGAUGCUGAAGAUGCCGUACAUUCCCGAGAUGGGUAUGAUUAUGAUGGCUACCGACUGAGAGUUGAAUUCCCUCGAGGUCGAGAACGUGGACCCGGUGGAGCUUUCAUUUCUGGAUCACGAUCUGGUUCCAGUAGAGCCCGAGGACCUCCAGCUCGACGGUCACAAUAUCGAGUAAUUGUUUCAGGGCUUCCACCAACUGGCAGUUGGCAAGAUCUUAAAGAUCACAUGCGAGAAGCUGGUGAUGUUUGCUAUGCUGAUGUAUACAAAGACGGUACUGGUGUAGUUGAAUUCCUCCGUUACGAAGAUAUGAAAUAUGCUGUGAAAAAGCUUGACGAUUCUCGUUUCAGAUCCCAUGAGAAGGGGGAAGUAGCUUAUAUUAGGAUUCGAGAAGAUCAUGGUGGAACUGGUGGUGGUCGUUCAAGAUCUCGUUCUCGAAGCUAUUCACCUAGAAGAAGUCGUGGCUCACCUACUUACUCUCCUGCUCGAAGAUCUCGAUCAAGAUCACGUUCUCGUUCUCCUCGAUCUCGUUCACGAUCACGAUCCCGAUCAACAUCUAAAUAAAUUUAAAAAAAAUUGGACUUUGGAUUAAGAAAAUAACACCUUUGGCUUCUAACUCCACUCACACUGGCUGACAUUUCUCAUCAUUGUUUGGGGAGUAAUAUCCUCAUCUCACAUGCUUAUGUAUUUUUUCAAUCAAUCUUUUUUUUUCUUGCUUUCUCUUCAUGUUACCUCAUCUUCAUAUUCAGCAUUUCAGGCAUAUCUCUUUUUUUUCUUUAGAAACCAAAAACUUAAAAGCACAACUUUUCACAAGUAAUAAGUAAUCCCAUCCAACUCCCGAACAGCAUCAUUCGAGACGAAAUAUGUUCUCUAUCAUAUCCUUGCCCUUUUUCCCAUUUUUCUUUCAGCGAAUCGCUUAUAUAUUUGACUUGCUGAAAAUGAAAACUAAGACACAUUGUUCAUCUACUAUUUUACCAUAUUUUAUUCUUCUUUUUGUAGCCAUUCGAAUCCAAAUAUUCCUUUAAAUGCGUUGAAUGUCCAUUGAAUUCAAUAUACCAGGAAAAGCAUUCAUUGAAAAUAAUAAAGGGAUCAAUCACAACCACUGUCAAA